UCCUAGCUGGUAGAAGAGACUAAAACUCCUCUGAGCAACUGAAGUUUCCUUAUUCAGUUGAAGAUUGUGAUGGUGUAACAGAAGUUGUAGUUUGCUUCGCUUGUUAAUCCACUUUCCACUCCUCCCACCCUUGUUCUCUUAAGAACAUAGUACAGAUUGUUAGAAAUAGUAGUAUUUUCCCCACCCCAAACGCUACCUGUUCCUUCUUGCUUUGGACUGUCUGCACCUCCUGAAGAUUUUACAGCCAUGCUGGACUGCAGUGACUGUGUUCUAGACUCCAGAAUGAACAAUCCGUCAGAAAGCAGUAAACCGUCUAUGGAGAGUGGAGAUGCCAGCACAGGCACACAGACCAAUGGCCUGGACUUUCAGAAACAGCCCGUGCCUGUUGGAGGAGCAAUCUCCACAGCCCAGGCCCAGGCUUUCCUUGGACAUCUUCACCAGGUCCAGCUUGCUGGGACAAGUUUACAGGCUGCUGCUCAAUCUUUAAAUGUACAGUCUAAAUCUAAUGAAGAGUCGGGAGAUUCGCAGCAGUCAAGCCAGCCUUCCCAGCAGCCUUCAGUGCAGUCAGCCAUUCCCCAGACCCAGCUAAUGCUGGCUGGGGGACAGAUAACUGGGCUCACUUUGACCCCAGCCCAACAACAGUUGUUACUACAGCAGGCGCAGGCCCAGGCCCAGCUCCUGGCUGCUGCAGUGCAGCAGCACUCCGCCAGCCAACAACACAGUGCUGCUGGGGCCACCAUCUCAGCCUCUGCUGCCACACCCAUGACACAAAUCCCCCUGUCUCAGCCCAUACAGAUUGCACAGGAUCUUCAACAAUUGCAACAGCUUCAGCAGCAAAAUCUCAACUUGCAACAGUUCGUGUUGGUGCACCCAACCACCAACUUGCAACCAGCACAGUUUAUCAUCUCACAGACUCCCCAGGGCCAGCAGGGUCUCCUGCAAGCGCAAAAUCUUUUAACGCAACUACCUCAGCAAAGCCAAGCCAACCUCCUACAGCCACAGCCAAGCAUCACCCUCACAUCCCAGCCUACCACCCCAACUCGCACAAUAGCGGCAACCCCAAUUCAGACACUUCCACAGAGCCAGACAACACCAAAGCGAAUUGAUACUCCCAGCUUGGAGGAGCCCAGUGACCUUGAGGAGCUUGAGCAGUUUGCCAAGACUUUCAAACAAAGAAGGAUCAAACUUGGAUUCACUCAGGGUGAUGUUGGGCUCGCUAUGGGGAAAUUAUAUGGAAAUGACUUCAGCCAAACCACCAUCUCCCGCUUUGAAGCAUUGAACCUCAGCUUUAAGAACAUGUGCAAGUUAAAGCCCCUGUUAGAGAAGUGGCUAAAUGAUGCAGAGAAUCUCUCGUCUGAUUCUACAGCAUCUAGCCCAAGUGCUUUGAAUUCUCCAGGGUUGGGGGCUGAGGGCUUGAAUCGAAGAAGAAAAAAACGCACCAGCAUAGAGACCAACAUCCGUGUGGCCUUAGAGAAGAGUUUCAUGGAGAAUCAAAAGCCUACCUCGGAAGAUAUCACCUUGAUUGCUGAACAGCUCAAUAUGGAAAAGGAGGUGAUUCGUGUUUGGUUUUGUAACCGCCGCCAGAAGGAGAAAAGAAUCAACCCACCAAGCAGUGGUGGGACCAGCAACUCACCUAUCAAAGCAAUUUUCCCCAGCCCAACCUCACUGGUGGCAACCACUCCAAGCCUUGUGACAAGCAGUACAGCAACUACCCUCACAGUCAACCCUGUCCUCCCCUUAACCAGUGCUGCCGUGACUAACCUCUCUCUUGCAGAUCAAGGGCUAGAUCUUAGAAGAGGAUGCAGCUGGGAAGUGCUUAGGAGUCUACCAGACGGAGUCACCACCGCAGCAGGCACUACCGACUCCACGUCCAACAGCACGGCCACUGUGAUUUCCACAGCACCCCCCGCUUCCUCAGCAGUCACAUCCCCCUCCCUGAGUCCCUCUCCUUCUGCCUCAGCCUCCACCUCUGAGGCCUCUAGUGCCAGUGAGACCAGCACAACACAUACCACCUCCACGCCUCUUCCCUCCCCUCUCGGAGCCAGCCAGGUAAUGGUGACAGCAUCCGGCUUGCAGACAGCAGCUGCUGCUGCUCUCCAAGGAGCUGCUCAGUUGCCAGCAAAUGCCAGUCUUGCUGCUAUGGCUGCUGCUGCAGGACUCAACCCAGGCCUGAUGGCACCCUCACAGUUUGCUGCUGGAGGUGCCUUACUCAGUCUCAAUCCGGGGACUCUGGGUGGCGCGCUCAGCCCAGCCCUGAUGAGCAACAGCACACUGGCAACGAUUCAAGCUCUUGCUUCUAGUGGCUCUCUUCCAAUAACAUCUCUGGAUGCAACUGGGAACCUGGUAUUUGCCAAUGCAGGAGGAGCCCCGAACAUCGUGACUGCUCCUCUGUUCCUGAACCCUCAGAACCUCUCUCUGCUCACCAGCAACCCAGUAAGCUUGGUUUCUGCUGCUGCAGCCUCCACAGGGAACUCCACACCUACAGCCAGCCUUCAUGCCUCCUCCACCUCAACUGAGUCCAUCCAGAACUCUCUGUUCACAGUCGCCUCUGCCAGCGGGGCGGCCUCCACCACCACAGCUGCCUCCAAGGCACAGUGAGCUGGGCACAGAGCUGGGCUGCCACGGGCUUUCCUCACUGCAGGGCGAUAAGCUGCUGCUGAAGAAAAUGACACCUGCCAUUGCUUCCUCCCACCAUCUUUGUGAGGAUGAGGAAGACAUGGAGAGAAGAAAAAAUAUACAUACCAGAAAAAAAAAAGGAAUGGAGACAGGACAGCAUUUGCCUAAUUUUAUAAUAAAACAGUAUCUUUUCAGGAUUGCUUCAUGAAUUGGAGAACUUUCUAACCAAAAAUUUUAAAGGAAAAAAAAAACAGAAACAAAAAAUCAAAAACAGACAGACAAAAAUAAGUGAAAGGACUACUUAUCAUUUCCAGCAGUCAUGAUGACAAGCUAAGGGUGUUUCUAGACUACAUAAAUGAGCCCAUUGAAAAGGAAGAGCUUGUGAAAAUGGAUGAAGAUGGAUGAGGGCAGAGGAAGAGUGUGAGCAUGUCCAGGUGUGCAGAUGACAGAGACAGAUAUGGAUGUGUGCCCAAGGAAUGCAGAGGUGAGUGAUGUAUCUUGAUCUAGGAAAAUUAAGGUGAAGUGAGUCAUCUUUUGUCAUGUUAGUGACUGCUGUGCUAGUAGUAGCCCAACAUUUUUAAAACUUUAUUUCCUUUUCUUAUACCAAGGAUAGUGUUGUCUAGACCAAACCACAAACAAAAGAAAACCAAGCCAAGAGGUUGAAAGCUAACACAAGUUGAAAGCUAACCACACACUUGGCACCUGUAAUAAGGUGGGGCAUUUAAGGAUUGGGUGAUGAGAUGGAAGAAGAGUUGUUCUUUCUUGUGGGAAAUGUGAAUGAGAAACUAUGUUGGUUUAGGAAAAAAUUAAACCCUUUCUGCCCUCGUUCUGGGACAGACUUUCUUGGCUCCUUGAGUUCUAAUAUAAACUAUAUUUCAAGAACUAAUUUUUUUAACAUGUCCCAUCUCACAGAACUUGAGUGGGAUUUGAUUUUGAUACCAAAGACACUGCUAUACCAUUGCUUAAGCUUUCUAGACACUCAGUGGCGAUAGAGCAAACACUGAGGUUGGAAAGCUUCGUCUCGUCUCUGUUCUCCCCAUUCCCCAUCGGCCUCACCCCGUCCUCACAUUUGGAAGCUGUCUUGUUGGUUGCUCUGGCUUUGGAAAGAGAUUGAUUUUGUUCCUCCCUGCUGGUCUAUGGAGACUAGUAGGAUGACUCAGCAUAAUGUUGAUAACUCUUGCUGAGAAAGAAACUUGGGAGUGCAAAAAAAUAGUAGAACUUUUAUUUACCUUUAUCUAAUUCAUACAAAUAAAACCAGCCCAUCCGACCUUAGAGCAACAGUCAGGAAUUGGUUAUGAGGAGCAGACUACAGCCAAAUGAUGUUUUCUUCUUAACUCUCCUGUAGAGGUGGUUUGCUCCAUGGUGUUUCUAGGAUAGGGCUGCUGGGAAGUUAAGAAGUUGAUUGUGUAGGCAUACUUUUGAUAAACAUAGACAGGGAGAGAGGGAAGACCAGCAAACGUGAUCAGGUUGCUAAACUUCAUGAAAGCUUUACUUGUUAUCAUUCUGACAUUCUAUAAAAUAGUGUUAGUGCUGUGUGGUUUUUUCAAAGCAUUAGGUAGGUUUGUAUGGUAAUAGGGAUAUUGAAGAUCCAAGCACUGAAACCGAUGCUGUGGGAAAACCGUGUGUGCAUCAUUAACACCAUGUCAGUUGUGAAAGUGAUGCUCCCAGGUUCAGGGAGGGAAACAGUUUAUGAUCCUUCCGCAUCCCUGAGUCUGCCCGUGCUACACAGGACUCCACCACCCUUGCCACGUUCUGGUUCAAAUACAGAACACUGUCAGAAAGUUAAGACAACCAAACUAAUGUAGUAGGGGAGGGGAGGAGCCGAGUCUGCUGCGAAGUUUUCCCAUGUUUUCUUUACUUGCUCAUCACUGCAACAGCCACAACCUCACAAAAGCAGCUUCACGCUUCUUUCCUAAAGUGGGAGUGGUAUCUCUAUCACUACCUCCCAGGGUCUGCAGACAGCUGGUGACAGUGCAGUUUCCAUGGGGCAGCAAAUGCGUGCGAGCUCCUUACAUGAUCUCCUUAGAGAAAAGUGGACAGAGUCAGUGCUCAUCCAGCCCUGAGAGUGUCAUUCUCAGGCUCUGAGAAUUACAGGAAGAAACAACACGCAUGUUCCCACACUGGUGUGACAUGUGUCUAAGGAGCUCUGUGGUAGGUUGGCUGGGGAAGAUGUAUGUGUCUUGGGUUCCAUUCCUACAUGAGUCCACAGAAGGUAAGAGUGAAGUGAACUAGUUAGUGCUAGCCUGGUUAGGUUUAAAGUUGCAGACAGUAUGGGAGUCAGGGUAGUGUGUUCAACAAGACUCUGACCGUGUUACAUCAGUGACUUCCUGCACUAUAAAUGGUGUAUGGUGAGAGGAAGGCUUCUUUCCACUCCCUACCUACCUCUGCUUCCAUGGGAAUGUGUGCAUUACUCAGUCCACCAGAGGGCUCACUGAAGGAGCUGUUCUGUCCCUAGAGUGGCCCUCAGCCAUUGCUCUCCUCUGUGGUAGUGAAGGCUAGGUGAGUAAGAGUGGGAGUGUCUGCCCACCACCUGUCCAGGAGCUGUUGUAUACCUCAUUUCUAACUCUGACUGCAUAACGCUUUAACUUCCUCUCAACCCUACAGAGUUGCCAAGUCUGCCCUCCCUCUUCUCAGCAACAUUAAACUCUGGCCUAUAGCAUCAUAAGACCUGUCGCCUGGGAUGAGAUGCCCCUCCCCAACCCACCCCAAAGCCUCUGAAUGUCUCUGCUUUUAAGCUACUACAAACCAAGGGCAAAUUGCAAUCUCUUGUUGGUUUUUUGUUGCUAGGGAUCAUCACAGGUCUCUUACCAUGUUCCCCCCCACCACCUUGCCUUCAAGGACUGCCAGCUCUCCUCUCCCCACCUACCCCGCAUUUCUAACUGCUGGAUAUACAUCAGCUUCUCUGUCCUUGCUUUUUCCAAGUGAGGUCAAGGCUUACCUUUCCCCCUCUGAAGCCUUGGGGUUCUACUCAUUGACAGGACUUGGUAGAAAGGAUACCAAAGGUUCAUUUAAGCUGACUCAAGCUACACAGUUCACUUGUUUCCUGUGUGACAUGACCAAAAAAAAAUCCAAAUAUUUAAGUUUAUUAUUAAUAUAUAAUAAUUAUUAUUAUUAUUUGACAAUCUUAUAUCCAACGGGCUUUCUGGAAGCUGCUUCUCCAGCCCUUUCAACGUUUUCUUUGAAUGUCGUUCUUAACUUGCAAUUCCACCCCCAAAGUUGGGGGGGAAAGAAAAGGCUUAGCCAGGUCAGGUCCUAACACUGCUGCUGUAAGCCAGGGGAGGCUGGUUUCUUUGUUUUGUUUUGUUUUUCCAUUUCCAGCCAAAACCAAAGAUUUCUUAAUGAUUGUAUAAACUCAAAACAAACAAAAAACCAAAGAAAAGGGAAGUCUUCGGCAUCAAUCCAGUCUGUGGUGUCCUGGCACUUGGAGGCAUGCCCAAGGCACCUGGCCCGCUCAAAAAGGCAAGCAAGUCUUUUCUAAGUUGAGGGAUUCCUUCAGAUGCAUGCUCAGGAGUUUUGACCUUGCUCACUUGUGAGCAGAGCAUGCAUGAAAGAAACUGGAACAUCACAUUUUUCAAAAAAAAAAAAAAAAGCCAAAAUCCCA